AACGACGUAAGGCUAGCUAGCUACUUGUCGCUGCACACGCGACGCACCCAACGCAGCUCGAUCGCGCAGAGACGAAUAAUGGGCUCGCUUGGCAACGCGGCACCGGCGGCGGCAGUGCCGGAGGUGGCCCUCCGGUCCGGCAACGCGAGGCCAAUACCGGCCGUCGGCAUGGGCACGGCGGUCGCGGCCCCUAUGAAUGCAGUGCUAGCGGCCAUCGAGGUUGGCUUCCGCCACCUCGACACCGCCUCAAUGUACGGCUCGGAGAGGUCCGUCGGCGAGGCCGUGGCCGCGGCGGUGCGCCGCGGCCUCCUCGCGUCCCGGGAGGAGGUGUUCGUGACGUCCAAGCUGUGGUCCACGCAGUGCCACCCGGACCUCGUCGUCCCGUCCCUCCGGGAAACCCUCAGGAACCUGCAGAUGGAGUACCUGGACCUGUACCUGAUCCACUGGCCGGUGUGCAUGAAGCCCGGUCCGAUAGCGUUCCCGGCCAAGAAGGAGGACGCCGUCCCGUUUGACUUCGAGGGCGUCUGGCGAGCCAUGGAGGAGUGCCAGCGGCUGGGGCUCGCGAAAGCCAUCGGCGUCAGCAACUUCACCACCGAGCACCUCGGCAAGAUCCUGGCUUUCGCCACGAUCCCGCCCGCGGUGAACCAGGUUGAGCUGAACCCGGUGUGGCAGCAGCGGAAGCUGAGAGCGUACUGCGCCGACAAGGGCAUCCACGUCGUGGCCUACUCGCCGCUGGGAGGGCAGGACUGGUCGCGCACUGGGGAAGGCAACGGCGUGCUGGGAUCCAAGGUGCUCGCGGAGAUAGCCCGGCGAAGAGGGAAAACCAUCGCACAGGUGUCAUUGAGGUGGAUAUAUGAGCAGGGAGUGACUUGGAUUGUCAAAAGCUUCAACAAGGAGAGGCUCAAGCAGAACCUGGAUAUCUUCGACUGGAAGCUGACUGAGGAAGACCGGCACAAGAUCAGCCAGAUCCCGCAGAAGAAGUAUGUCACGGCUGCAGCCCUGUUCUCGACGGAGGGUGAAUUCACCUCGGUCAAUCUUGCAGACAUGGACAUUGUUGAGGAAUAAUGUACACAUCGGACCAGGACAUGCAUGGUCACUGUUCCAAAAAAGGAGGAGGAGUGCCCUGUUGCGUAAUGCAUGCCUUAUACUCCUGUUCGCUUGAGCUUAUCAGCCGAAUCUACCAGUCAUUUAAUAGUAUUUUCUCUCACAACAAAUCAACCAACUAUACUUUCUGUCAGGCCUUAUCAUCAAUGAAGAUCUUUGUAAACUAUGAAUGGAGGUUUAGCAAUAGAUUAAGUGUAUGAUGUAUUUCUUUCGCUUUAUUGCAGCCGUUUGUUUGGUCAAUGGAGUGAUGGUGUGAAUGCUACAUGAGCAACGAAGUCUAUCUCAUAAUAAAACUUUGUAACAAUUUACGGUCACGAUGUUGAGACCAGAAUAUUUUUCAUUUGCUUGA